GAAGAAAGGUGUGUUUUAAAACAUUUAAAUCGAUACAAACCGUUAAGUCAAUUGUAUAGUUUUUUACAAACGAUGCAAAAUUAAUUAUUCAUCUAAGAAUGUAGCUUUAAUGCUUUAUCUAACAUUAACGAACGUUAUUUUUAAAAACUCCUUGUGAAGCAACUGAGAUCCACGUGACACACUAUUAUAAAGAUGCCAUUUAAUAAAGUGGAGAGUGAAGACAUGAAGAUUGAAGAAACAUUCAGAGUGAAACAUGAAGAUACUGAGGAACAAACAAAGAUGGUGUUUAUUAAACAGGAGAGUGAAGACAUGACGAUUGAAGAAACAUUCAGAGUGAAACAAGAAGAUACUGAGUCACAAACAGACUUGAUGGCAGUGAAAGAGGAGAGUCAAGAACUGAAUGCAAUGGAAGAGAAACAACACUAUGAGAAACAUCAUGAUGCCAGGACUGGAGAAAAAUCUGUACAGUCUGAAAAGACAUCCUCAAGAAAAAGAGCUCAGAAGAUUGAAUCUAACAGUUCUUUUACUUGCUGUCAAUGUGGAAAGAGUUUCAAUCACAAACAAAACCUUGAAAUCCACAUGAGAGUUCACACCGGCGAGAAGCCUUUCACAUGCCAACAGUGUGGAAAGAGUUUCACUCAAAAACAGAACCUUACAGUUCACAUGAGAGUUCACACUGGAGAAAAGCCUUAUACUUGCUCUCAGUGUGGACAGAGUUUUAUGCAUAAAAAGAAUCUUGAUAUCCACAUGAGAAAUCACACUGGUGAGAAGCCUUUUACAUGUGAUCAGUGUGGAAAAAGUUUCUCCCGUGAAGUAACCCUUAAUUGCCACAUGAGAAUUCAUACUGGAAAGAACUGUUUUAUAUGUAAUUACUGUGGAAAGAGUUUCACUCAAAAAGGAAACCGUAAUAUCCACAUAAGAGUUCACACUGGAGAGAAGCAUUACACAUGCUCUCAGUGCGGAAUGAAUUUCACAUAUAAACCAACCCUUGAUUCCCAUAUGAUGCUUCACACUGGAGAGAGCCCUUAUCCCUGCAAACUGUGUGGGAAGGGCUUCUCUCAAAAACAAAAUCUUAAGACACACAUGAGAACUCACACUGGUGAGAAGCCAUUCACAUGUGAUCAGUGUGGAAAGAGAUUUGCACGUAAAAUAACCCUUAAUUGCCACAAGAGGAUUCACUCAAGAGAGAACUGUUUUAUAUGUCAUCAGUGUGGAAAGAGUUUCCCAGACAUGGAACGCCUUAACAUGCACAUAAUAAUUCACUCUGGAUAAAAGUGUUUCAAGUGUCAUCACUGUGGAAUAAGGAUUAGUGAUAAAGUAAACCUGAAGACUCACAUGAGACUUUAUAUUCAAGAGUGGUUUUACACAUACCCUCUCAGAAAGAGUUUAGCUUCUAAAGAAACCCAUAAUGCCCACAUGAGUAUCAGGGCCGUGCACAGACAAUUUGGAGGGCAGGUGCUCAAGUGGAA